AGCACUUAUUUGUACCGCGCAGUGUGAUCUUUGGGUUUAUUUAUAGCUCUGCAGAGAGUAUUUCCAUGCUAUAUUUACGUACAUUGAUGAAGUCAAAAGACCACGGAUGAGAAGGGAUUUACUCAGUCCAAUUUGAAUCAGCAAAUGGCCAACAACGCCCGCAUCGAAAACACGUCCUCCGAGGGACAUGAAGGGGACGCCACCUGCGUGGCGUACUUCGAUGGGCAGGUGUUCUCCGGAGGCGCUGACGGUAAAAUACGAAUCUGGUCACCGGAACUGCAACUAUUGGCCACUGUGAACGCUCACGAGGCGUACAUAUACUGCAUGGCUAUCAAUCAGCACGGAAAGGUCUACUCGAGCAGCUGUGAUGGCCAAGUGCACUUCAUGCUUCCUCCCUAUGGAGACGAGUCAGUGCAGGAGUUAUUCCGCUGCGACGACGCCAUCCAGGCCAUGUAUUGCGACGGAUCCGUACUAUACACUGGCGAUGACAAGGGUGUGGUGACCACUUGGACCAACGAUCGCAUGCUCUUCAAGUACAGCCUGGUGGAGGAGGUCAAGUCACUGGCCGGCGAACAGAAUCUCAUUUACACAGUUCGCGACCUGGACGUGGUGGUGUCCCAGGUGGCGGAGGGCAAGUCCGGAAAGUACAGCAAUAAGGCGGUGAUUCCAGGUAAGUCUCCGCUCCAUCUUCUCGGGCCCAUGGUGGAUGGCAAGCGUAGCUAUCUGGCCUUUCCCGAUCGCUCUGGGAUGGGUUUGCAACUGGUCAACAAUCUUUCGCAGCAACAAUACUCCAAAAUUUGGCACUUGCCGUGGAUCGUAAACGCCCUUUGCGGGAAUGAGACCUACUUGUACUCCGGCGGCUAUGACAAAAAGGUAAAGGGAUGGACCGAUCUGGGAGCAGGAAAGCCAAAAGCCCUGGGCGAGGUGGAGGUGGGUAGCUGUGUGAACAGCAUAUGCUGUGGAGCCAACAACACUGUUUACAUAGCAAGCAGCGAUGGAUUUAUUCGCAGUGCGAAGUUCGUAUAG